AUGUCCAAAAAGUGGAUCGAUAAGAAAAAGGCGACUACUUAUGAGCUGGUGCAUCGCUCAUUUGACGAUCCGCUGAUUCAUGAUGAUGAUGCCGGACAGACUGUGCUAGUAAAGAAGGACAACUUGAAUGAAAAAGUCCUGAAGGAGGCCCGAAAGAACAAAUACAUCAGUGGCCCGGUCCUGCACUCUCAAGCCGAAGAGUUUGCCCGAGCGGGUCGUCGAAACAACGAAGGCGAGGCCGCCGUGUAUGGCAUUACCUUUGAUGAUAGUAAAUACGACUACAUGCAGCAUCUGCGGCCAAUGGGUGUUCAUGAAGAUGCUAUUUUCAUUGGGAAAGACGGUAAAACAUCGCUGAAUGCCUCGCAGAAAGAGAAGCGCAAAGGGUUAGAAUUCAAGGACGACGAUAGUGAUCAAGUUCAGAUUCCUGCCGAGUUUCUGCCUUCCGAGGUGGAAUCAUCUGAGCCUACCUGGAAGGUUGCAUACAAGGCUCAGCAGGCUCUUCCCGACGAACUGUCGGGGCUGCAGCCUGAUAUGGAUCCGCGGUUGAGAGAAGUUCUUGAGGCGCUGGAGGACGAAGAAUACAUUGAUGAAGAGGGCGAUGAUGAUGUCUUUGGCGAGCUUUUGGGCGGUGACGAGGUCGACGAGUCCAGUUUCAAAGCUACGCUUCCCGAGGAGACUGUCGAACGCAAAGACGAUGAAGAGGACUGGGAAUACGAGUUCCGCAAGUUCAAGCUUGAUCAGAAGAAAGGCGUGGAGGUCAAUUCAGACGUUGGGUCCGACUUCGGCAGCGAUUUUGGCAGCGAUUUCCAAGUCGAGGAAGUUGCAGAUACAAUCGGCGAUCUGCCCAACAUUACGACUAAAAAGAAGAAGAAGCGCAUCGGCGCGAAAACCGAUCUCACAGGCUUUUCUAUGUCAUCUUCAGCAAACUACCGUAACGAUGGUUUAACUUUGAUGGAUGACCGGUUCGACAAGAUCGAAGCAGAGUACGCUAACGAUGAAAAGAGUGAAGAGGAACAAGAAUUCGACAUGUCGAAGGAGCGUUCGGACUUGGAAGACAUCCUUGACGACUUCCUAGAUAACUACGUUGUUCAAGGAAAGAAAAUGUGGAAAAAAUAG